AUGCCUAGUCUCCUUCAAGCCGGAUUUGUUGUAUUGUGUCACCGGAGAAGAGGAGGAAAAAGAGGAGAGUACUUUUUAUUACUAAAUAUACAAAAUGGAAGACUACGCCCAGGAGUGUCGUCGUACAAAAUCCUUAGCGAAUUUAUGGUCCUAGAUCAAUGA